AUGUUUAAACCAAAAAUGAUAGAAAAUGAAAACAAUUUGCAUUGUCAAAAUAAACAUGGCCAACCAGUUCAUCUGGUUGUGCUUGAUCCAAAGCUAGAUAAGAAACAAAGACUUUUAUGUACUGAAUGUAUGGAAAAUUUCGAAUCAGAUGCAAAGACAAUAGGAUUUAAAAAAAUAAUCUAGAUUAUUGAAGAUAAUAUCAAGAAAACUAUGAGCGACUUAGAGGGUAUCACUUAGCAAACAGUUUAAUAACUAUAAAUUUGUAAUAGAAGUAUAUAAGAAUUAAAGGCAUAUUUUAUGAAAUUAUUUGAUUCUCUAAUUAGUAUAGUAGAGGAUUGGACAUAAAAUUUAUUUGCCUUAACAUAAUAAUCAAAAUAAUACAGUUUCUAUGAUGAGUUAGAUAGCUUUAUUAAGAAAUAGAAUAAUAUUAAUGAUUCUAAUAUAACAUUAAUCAAUAAUAUUAAUAGAUCUUGGAUGGCUAAACUAUUGAAGAUCUUAAAUUAAUAUAUUUAAGAUAAAGAUAAAGUUAACUUUAAUGAAUAAAAUAAAAAUUUACAAACAUCUUUUGUUCAAUUCAUCCACAAAAAAGUAAAGCAAAAUUAAAGUUAAUUGAUUAAUCUGUUAAAUAAAGUGUGGGAUGUUAAAAUAUAGUUUUUGAUUCUUCUGGGUCAAUUAUGGUAUCAACUUAAUCGAAAGAUAUUAAAGUAUGGAGCUUUCUAAACGGAAAAAUUCAAUUAAUAAACAUAUUGUAAGGACAUACUAAAUGGAUUUAAUGUUUAGUUUAUAGUAAGAAAUAGAAUUGUUUUGUUUCAGGUGACACGACCAUAAGAUGCUGGAAAUAAUAGGACUCAAGUGAUUGGAUAAGUUCAUAACCUUAUAAAUAACAUACAGAUUUUGUAAUUUGUCUCUUAUUGAAUUCAAAUGAGGAUUUACUAUUUUCUGGAAGUGAUGAUAAAUUAAUUAAAGUAUGGAAGGUUGAUUUUGAUUAAAAUAUAUUGACAUACAUUUAUUCAUUAUAUCAACAUUAUAAGGAAGUUUUUGCGUUAAGUUUAAAUUAAUCAGAAACAUUAUUAGUUUCAUGUGCAGGUGGUGAUAAUGAAAUUAUUAUUUGGGAAAGAAGAGAACAAGAUAAGUAUGAAUUCAAAAAUUUUGUUAAAUAAUCAAUUGAAUGUUAUGGGUUUAAAGUUAAAUUUAUUAAAGACAAUUAAUUUAUUUGGAUAAGUGGUGGUAAAGUCAUAAAUAAAUUUUAUGUAUUUGAAUUAAAAGAAGGAAUCUUUUAGGAAAAUUAGGAAAAGACUAUUCAAUUAUUUAGAAAUAAUUAUAUCUUUGAUGACUAUUGCUUUCCAAUAAUGUAUAAUCAGGAGAAGAAUUUGAUAAUAGUAAGACAUAAAACACAUAUUUAUAUAUUUAAAGAAAUGAAAGAUGGGAAGUUUAAAAUACUUGAUUAUUUAAAUUGUAACACAUAUUUUAUUUAUGGGACUAUCACAAAUAAUGGACAAUAUUUGAUUUAUGGGAUGAUUAAUAGAAAGGAUUUUCAACAUAUGAAUUAUUAAAUACAUGAAUAAUUAUGUUUAAGUUAAUAUAUAAUUCUUUUUCAGUAAUACAACUAGUAUAUGUAAGUACAUAUUUGA